AUGGCCAUUUGCACUGGCUUUGCUAAAGGAGCAUACUUUGAAAACCAGCAAGUAUUGAACUAUGAACUAGACCAAUUUCAAACAUGUCCAAUUGAUAUUCCGUUAACCUGUACCAAUACGACUCCGGUCCAGAAUAGUUGUUGUUUUGAAAGUCCAGGAGGUAUAAUGUUGCAGACCCAGUUUUGGGAUUACUAUCCACCAAUUGGGGAUAAUGAGACGUUUACCUUGCAUGGGUUAUGGCCAGAUAAUUGUGAUGGUAGUUAUGAACAAUUUUGUGAUGAUAGCUUGAAUUUAAAACAGAAUGAAGUAGUUGAUAUUAUCAAAAAUCAAUAUAAAGAUGAAGAGUUGGUUGAAUUUAUGAAGUUAAAUUGGAAGAAUUUCAACGGGAACGAUGAAUCUUUAUGGACUCAUGAGUUUAAUAAACACGGAACGUGUAUUAAGACCAUUAGAUCCAAGUGUUUUGCUGAUUAUAAAGAAAAUGAAAAUGUUUAUAAAUUUUUCAAUAUCUCGGUUAAUUUAUUUAAAAAGUACCCUACCUUUAAAUUUUUAAAUGAAGAAGGAAUCAUCCCAUCAAAUGAUAAAACUUAUACCAAGGAAGAAAUCUCUAAUGCCUUGAAGAAGAAUUUUGAUGGGAAACAAGUUUAUUUCAAAUGUAAUAAGUAUAAUGCAUUACAAGAGAUUUGGUAUUAUCAUCAUUUAAAAGGAUCACUUUUAAAUGAAGAUUUUGUACCAAUUGAUAGUUUAAUUAACUCAAACUGUCCAAAUCAAGGUAUUAAAUUCAUACCUAAAAAUCAAGGUUUCAAACCACCACCAAAUCAACCCCCAAAAUCUCCUAAUAGAGGAUACCUUAAAUUAUCCAAUAAUCCCGGUUGUCUCAUAAGUAAUGGACAAUGGUAUCAAUAUGGAACUUGUGCCACAUAUCAAAUCAAUCAACUGGCCUUUGGUGGUUACAAUAUUAAAUCGUCAAAGGGAUAUUGUGGAAUUGACUCAAAUGACCGAUUAAAUUGUAAUAGUCAAAAUCAACCCCUGAGAUACCAAUUUCAUUUCGAUAAAGAACUGAAAGAAAUCAGUUAUGGUUCAGUUAAUCAAUGGUGUUUUGACGAUAAAGGUAAACACGGUCAUGGCAAAUACGUUCAAGUUCCAAUUAAAUUAAACAAAGAUAAUUGCGAAUCCCCAUUCACAAUUAAACUUGUUUGA